CACACACUUUGUCCUCGUUAUUUCAAGUGAGCUCUGAGAGAGAGAGGAGAGCGAGCGAGGUGUCUCGUGCAGAUUUCACUCACACACAAGGCGCGCGGACACAUUUACAGCCGUGCUUCUUUACCGAGCGCGUGUGUGUCCGUGUGUGUGCAUUUUGUCAGAUUCAGAGAGAAAGAAAAGAAAAGAAAGAAAAGAAAGAAAGAAAGAAAAGAAAGAAAGGACGAAGUGCCUGGAGAGAAGUGGAGGGGGAGGAAUAACCGAAAACGCAACACGUAUCCGGUGGGAUCAGCACUCCUGAGAGAGAGAGAGAGAGAGAGAGAGAGAGAGAGAGAGAGGAGUGCGAGCGAAGGGUGCAAGGAAGGAACGAGAGAGCGAGAGUGAGAGAGGAGAAGAAGACGGGGAGAGCUUUGACGUUUCGCUCGCUAACAGCACGUUUUUAAUUAAUAAAGAGGAAUAAUGAGGAACGUUUGGAUAAUUUUCACCCUCGGGCUGACCGUCUUCCUCUCCGGGGAAACGAUAGCAGAAGCCUCCAAGACUUCCUCUCAGGCUGAUGACUUGUACCUGGAUGACACAGGCUCAGGAGGUUACUACCCUGAAGAUGAUGAUGACUUUAACUCAGCGUCUGGCUCCGGUGAAGGCGAAAUUACGGUGAAGGAAACAGUGACUGUCAGUAUGGUUUAUAUGGAGCCCAAUGCCGCAGAACCCACCCAGGACUCCACCAAAGAUUUCACCCCCAGGGUGGAAACAGCCACAGUCAGGGAAAGGGCCCGAGACAGCACACCCAGGAAACCACUCAGAACAGAGGCACCAGUGCCAGUUACAGAGGACAUGCAGUGGAACCAGAUGACUAGUACGACUAGUGCCCCCGGCUCACCCCAGGAACCCAUUGAGGUCCGCUCUGAAAACCUCUUCCAGAGGACAGAAGUGUUGGCAGCUGUUAUCGCAGGUGGCGUGAUCGGCUUUCUGUUUGCCAUCUUCCUCAUCCUCCUCCUGGUCUACCGCAUGAGGAAGAAGGACGAGGGCAGCUACGACCUGGGAGAGAGGAAACCCUCCGGAGCAGCCUAUCAGAAGGCCCCAACCAAGGAGUUUUAUGCAUAAAAGCCAGCCACCCAUCAUCAGAACGACAGAUUGCGAGUGACUGUCAGAGACGCAGUCCGUGACAACAGCAAACCUGUUCAAACAGCAAGAAACAAGCUUGAGUUGAUUAAGGAAAAAUAGCAUAAAGGAAAGCUUUUGCAUAGAGUAUUGUAAUUAAGACCUUUUCUUUCUUCUUUUUUUAAAAAAUGAAAGCAUUUCUCAUUUUAUGGCAAAUCUCAGUGUAUUUAAACAUUUUGUGUAUUAUUUGAAAAGGCUGAAAAAAUACAAAAAAAACACCAUCUGUAAAGGCGAGGAAACUAAUCGCAUCUGUCUUCUGUCAAAGGAGCUGUUUUUAGUCGCUGACUACUUUUAACUGUAGCAGUCUGUUAUUUGUAAAGAAAAAAAUUUAAAGUGGAAAUAAUUGAAUAUAAUUAUUCUGUAUCAAUCCUUUCAUUUUUUUUUGUUUGUUUUUUUGUCCUAGCAUGUCUGAUGUUGAUCUCUAAAGGUGUAUGACAUUAAUUUAUGUUAAAAAAAAAUGCCUUUGUAGUUUUGAUGAAGCUCUUUGGUCUUCAUAUUAACGCUGUUAACGGUCAAUGUAAAUGUUCCCUUCAGGUUACAAUGUUUAUUAUUUGCUCUCACAUCAGUUUUUUUAGUCAAACGUGAGUGUUCAUGAUGUCUUGUUUUAUUUGUUUGUUCUCUCCUCAGUUUAGCCUCUCUCUCUCUGUCUCUCUCUCCCUCUCUCUCUCUCCCUCUCUCUGUCUUUCCUUCUUUUCGGCAGCGUUUUAUUUUCAUACCGGUCUUUAAAAGAUUCAAAGUGUGUCAGGGCUCGGGAAUAAUCACAAAUCUCGCUAUUUCUAUUUAAAUGCAUUCUUGUUCACGUUGCACAAUCACUGCUUUUGCUUCCCACUGCUGUCAUGCAGCUUUGCAUCUAUGUGGAGUGUUUUGGGGUGAAGUUUCUUCUUCUCCGUGGCUUGUGGUGUUGUUGGCCUGUAGCCACCUCCCUCCCCUCCCCUCCCCGAUGUGUCCUUUACUGACGGCACCCAAACUCUGCGAGCACCCUUACAUCUCCUCCCCCUCUCUCUGUUUACCCUAACCUCCCUCACUCCCACCUUCUUCUUUUUUAAUCAGAUUGGAGCACGGCCAGUCGAGUUGUCAACCCCACCCCACCCCCCCUCACUCUCUCUUUCAGCUGUAUGGAGCCACCCGGGUAGCCUGGUGUUAUUGUCAGCGUCUCAGUGUUAAUGCUUUAGGCCCAAAGAUCUGCUCACUGAAGGCCAGCUACUGCUUGGACCAUGCCAAGGCUGAGCCUGGACAUGCAGAGCACAUACCUCUGCAUCAGAUACCACCAGAAACCCACCCUUUAGAAACCCAGUUUCUCAGAGGGAUCGAUAAAUAUGGCAGCACAUGAAGUGUAAGGCAAGUGUUACGUCAAGACACUCAUGUUGACAAGUUUUUUGUUUUUUUUUGUGGUCAGCAAUUUCGAAAUAGCUUCUGUGGAGAGAUAAGACUGUUCACCGGGUUUAAAACCUACACAAGGCAUCCCGAAAUCAGUUCAGAAACAGCCACAUAGCUGCAUCAAGUGAAAACAUGUUACCGUCACAUGACAACAAGUUACUGUAUUCUCCGUUCUUUUCUUACACAUGACAUCAACUUGCUCUGAAGAGACACGUUUUGUCCAGCAGGUUUGUGAGGUUGCCUUUUUUCAGCUGUGCAGUAAUGUGAAGUAGGUACAGUAGAUGCUGUCAACGUCGUCUAAACUCCUAACACCACCCACAUGGAGCUGUUGAUCCCUCGUGUUCCCUUUCCUUUAGUCGUCCACUUCCAUCCUCUCUCCCCCCCUGCCUCUUGUUGUCCGUUCUCGUCGUAGGACUUAAGGUACUGAACGAUACUGAAAAACCCAAAGACUCACAGUAUUUCUACUCCCAGCAUCCUCUCAUCCCCUCCACCAUGGCCACAUCAUGUUGUUUCCUCUAUUUCUUUCUCUUCACCCUUUUUAGUUUUUUUCCCCCUCUCUAUUAGAGACCUGACCUUUAAAUCCAACUGCUUAUUAGUAUAUGAAAAGAUAUAUAAAUAUAUAUAAAUGUAUAUUCACAAAUGUUUUAAACCUUCAAAGUGCCUACCAUUUGGAAAUGUUUGCUCAAGGUGAGCAUGUGGCAGGUGUGUACAAACAGGAGGGGUGUAAACGACUUGACUGGCAUUCUGUGAGCAUGGAUGACUGUAAUGGUAACUUUUUUUUAGUCUUACAAAAGCUGACAGUAUUGUACCUAUAAGUUGAAACAACACUACUGAAUAAACAUUGUGGCCUAAUA